UAAAAGAAAAAAAAAAGUUACCCUGGAGUUCUGACGCUUCAGAUGAGCUCGGAAAUACCCAGAUAGUGUCCGCCUCUUUCUCCGGAUUGUUUGCUACAAAUAAGCAGUAAAACACGAUGCAUAUCCCAAGUGUCAUUCUCGCGUUGAGUUGUUUCUCCGUUGCACUCGGCCAACUGGCAGAUACGUCUGCUUACCCAGUCGGCCCUUUAACUUCAACCGCCCAAAAAUGGGCAACAAAGGUCUGUGACAUUACCAAAUACGGAGCAGUAGCUGAUGGCAAGACCGACGCUGGCCCAGCCAUUCUUGCAGCCUUCAAGGCUUGUGCUUCGGGUGGUGUGGUUAAUAUUCCACUGGGAACUUUUGCUAUGGAAACCUGGGUAACAUUGAACGGAGGUAAUGCGUGGGCCAUUAACUUGGAGGGAACCAUUGUCCGCACUGGUACUGCAGGAGGAAAUAUGAUUUACAUUGAACACAGUACCGACUUUGAAAUUUAUUCUUCCCGCGGUACUGGUGCGAUCCAAGGAUACGGGUAUCAAUUCCACGAGCAAGGACAGUACGGUCCGCGUCUUUUACGUCUUCAUGAUGUGACAAACUUCGCGAUUCAUGACAUCGCACUUGUCGACUCACCGGCCUUUCACUUAACUCUUGACACUUGCAAUCAAGGCGAAGUAUACAAUAUGAUCAUUCGAGGCGGAAACAGAGGUGGCCUUGAUGGUAUAGACUUGUGGGGAUUUGACAUCUGGGUGCAUGAUGUAGAAGUCACCAACAAGGACGAAUGUGUAACCGUGAAAAACCCGUCGAACCACAUUCAGGUCGAAAAUAUCUACUGCAACUGGUCUGGCGGUUGUGGUAUGGGCUCAUUGGGCGCUGAUACCAAUAUCUCCAAGGUUCUCUACAAUAAUAUUUAUACUGUGAAUUCUAAUCAGAUGUUCAUGUUCAAGAGUAAUGGCGGAUCAGGAGAAGUCAGUCAGGUCACACUCCAAAACUUCAUUGGCCACCAGAACGCAUACUCGCUUUACCUUAAUUCAUACUGGUCCGACCAGACCUCGGCAGGCGGAGACGGCAUUCUCUACAACUCCAUCACAUUCAACAACUGGAAAGGAACAUGUGCAAAUGGCGCUCAGCGACCUCCACUGUAUAUCUUGUGCCCUUCGACAAACCCCUGCACCAAUAUAAAUAUUGAGAACUUCAACAUGUGGACUGAGUCAGGCAAUACCGAGUACUACAAGUGUGCUGAUGCUUGGGGCUCGGGUUAUUGUCUCCAUGGAGGAACACAGCACACAAAGUAUGGAACUGUCACUUCCACAGUCACGGCCGCCCCUCCAGGAUACUCCGCUCCAACAAUGCCUGGGCAGCUCAAUGCUGGAUUAGGAAUUACCACGUCUAUUGCGAUCCCGACUGUUCCGAAUUCCUUCUUCCCGGGUGCUACACCGGCCACACGCAGAGUGUAUGGCAGCUAGACCAGUAACUGGGGUGGCUGGAAGUACUAAUGGUGACUAGUACUGAUAAUCUCUGUAUGUGUAAAUAUUAAGAGAAAUAUCCGACAGCCUAUGUGAUUCUUACGAUUA